AUGGCAGCCACGGAAGCAAAGGAUUCAAAGAUGGAAGACCUUGUCUGGUUGGUGUCCGGCAAUUCCAGUCACCACAAACUGUUGUGUUCCGAUUUGGGAUCUAGGCCCAGUGAAGUUGUCGUCCCAGAAGUGGGGGCAUGGCAGAAGAAAGAAAGAAAGAAAGAAUGGAAAGUAAAUGGAACCAUUGCUAAUGAUUAG